AUGGCCGUCCCAAAGUCCACGCCCAUCCUCAUCAUCGGCGGCGGCGCCUUCGGCCUAUCCACAGCCCUCCACCUCGUGCAAAACAACUACACCGACAUCACCGUCUUCGAGCAAGACGAACAGAUUCCCCCGCGGUACUCCGCCGCAAACGACCUGAAUAAGAUCGUGCGCGCCGAGUACGAGGAUAAAUUCUACACCGAUCUGACGAUUGAAGCAAUAAAAACCUGGAAAACCCCGCUGUUCGCCCCCUACUUCCACCAAACCGGCUUCCUGCACUGCGUGUCCGGCGCCGCGCCCCAAAAGGCCCAGGAGACACUGAAGCGCUUCCAGGAUGCCGCGACAUCGCAUCCUACAAUCGCGCCGCAUGUCGUCCCCCUCAACGGACCCGGCGAUAUCCGCCCUUGGUUCUGGCAGUGUGAUGGCCCGCUGCCUGGGUGGAGGGGGUACAUGAAUCGGUUUGAUGGCUACGCGCACUCGGGGAAUGCGCUCGCCGGGAUAUACCGCGUUACGCAGGGCGCCGGGGUGAAGUUCUUCCUUGGUGCGCAGCAGGGGGGUGUUGCUGAGAUUGUUUACGAGGGUGGGAAGGCGGUUGGGGUUAGGACGGGGGAUGGGCGAUUCCACGCUGCCGGGCUGGUGAUUGUGGCUGCGGGCGCGGGGGUCGGCAAGAUCCUCCCGAGUCUCGGGACGCAGAUUGUGGCGAAGGCGUGGAGCGUUGCGCACGUUUUGCUGAGCGAUGAGGAGACGGCUGCGCUGCGGGGGAUCCCCGUGACGUACGCGCGCGACUUCGGGUUCUUCUUCGAGCCGGAUCCCAAGACGAAUCUGCUGAAGCUGUGUCCCAUGGGCGGGGGGUACAUCAACACGGAUCGCGCGAGCGGGGUGUCGCAUUCGCCGUUCCCCGAGCAUCUGGAUGUGGUGAAUGGGUUUUUACCAGCCGAGGAUGAGGGCCGGAUCCGGAAGCUGCUGGCGCAGACGCUGCCGGGGCUUGCGGGGAGGCCGCUGGUGAAGAAGAGCCUGUGCUGGUUUGCGGAUACGAAGGAUAGCGAUUUCAUUGUGGAUUAUGUGCCGGGGAGUCAGGGGUCCGUGGUUGUGCUUUCUGGGGACUCGGGGCAUGGGUUUAAGAUGUUUCCGAUUGUGGGCGGGUGGGUGAGGGAUUUGCUUGAGGAUCAGCAGGGCGAGCAGAAGGUUAGCAGGUGGAGGUGGAAGGAGGCUGGAGGGGGAAAGGAGGAUUGGGGCGGUGAUGUGAGUUGGAGGCUUGGGGAGUCGAGGGAGUUGAGGGAUGUGUUGCCGGGGAGGACGAAGCUUUAG